GGCACAGCAGAUGAUGUGGUGGACGUGUCGCACGGGAGGGGCCUGGCAGCGGUGUGCAAGCGGCCGUUUGAGCCGCUGUUCAUAGAGGGCGCGCGGCACUGCGACCUUGAGUUCUUCCCCGAAUACCUCAAGCAGCUGCGCCGCUUCAUCGCCUUCCUGGAUCAGCACCCGCCGCCACCGCUGGCAGAGGGCGAGGAGGACGACAUCGCCCGGCGCGGAAAGAAGAAGCUUCAGAAGGAGGAUGGGGUUGCAUGA